GGCUGCCAUAUUGCAGUGAUACAGCGAGUUUACCGGACCUGAGUCUUUAAUACCGCUGGCAUUCUGUGAUAAAAAUGCUUUCUGCUCAUGCUUUUGGAGACCCCGGGAAGAUGAAAGACUAUCAUUAUACCGGUCCAGUAGAGCACCGGUUCUCACCAUAUGCUUUCAAUGGAGGAACCGUGCUGGCUGUUGCCGGGGAAGACUUUGCCAUCGUAGCCUCAGACACCAGGCUGAGUGAGGGCUACUCAAUCCACAGCCGGGAUUCACCAAAGUGCUACAAGCUGACAGACACAACCGUCAUUGGCUGCAGUGGUUUCCAUGGCGACUGCCUGACUCUGACUAAAAUCAUUGAUGCCAGACUAAAGAUGUACAAACACUCAAACAAUAAAACAAUGACCAGCGGAGCCAUCGCAGCCAUGUUGUCCACCAUCCUGUAUGGUAGGAGGUUCUUCCCCUAUUACGUCUACAACAUCAUCGGAGGACUGGAUGAAGAGGGCAGAGGGGCAGUGUACAGUUUUGACCCAGUGGGCUCCUACCAGAGAGACACCUACAAGGCCGGAGGAUCAGCAAGUGCUAUGCUACAACCGCUACUAGACAACCAGAUUGGUUUCAAGAACAUGGAGGGUGUACAACAUGUUCCUCUGACUCAGGACAAGGCGGUUCAGCUAGUCAAAGAUGUCUUCAUCUCAGCCGCGGAGAGAGAUGUCUACACCGGAGAUGCCCUUCGAAUCUGUGUCGUCACUAAGGAGGGCAUCAAUGAGCAGACCAUUCCACUAAGGAAAGACUGAGGGGGGUGACGUUCCCCUUUUUGUGCUUUCCUCUCUGGUCUGUUCUUCCCAUAUUCACCCUGUUGGUUUGGCCGCUUAACAUCAAGUUUCUGAAAACAGGAGUGCUGAUCCAGUUGAUGCUUUAACUGGGGAGCUGGUAUUCCAUUUUUUAUAUGCACUCUCAAUUUACAUCCAUUAACAUCAACACUUUUUUCCUGCUUUCCACAAGUAUCCCCUUCAGUUUCUGCUAUUAUUACAACUUUGGAUUUUUGGUCGAGCAACCUGAUAGUAGAUCAGCACUCCUGUUCUGAGAAACAAGGAACUCUCUUCAUCCCCCUUUCCUACACUCUUGCUCUGUUUUUCAUUAUGUUUUGGGAGGAUAAAUACUCAGCUGUUCUUUUUACAUUCUUAAUAAAUGUAAAGAAUUCUAAAA